AUGGAGACGGGACCUGACGCGCGGCAGCCUUGGCGAGGCUGCGCGCCGUCAGGUGCUGCGAGCGCCUGCGCCACCGCGUCCGCAGCCUGUGCAUCUCCCCGUGGAGUCCCCCGCCACGAGGACGACCGCGACGGCAAGCCCCCCACGGCCAGGCCGCACGACUUGACGCGCGGCGCCGACGGCGGCAAGCCUGGCCAGAUCCCGCCUCGCGCGGCAGGAGCAGCAGCUCAAACGGGAGCCGCCGCAGCACGAGCGGUGGCUGCACCCCCACCGACGCCGUCGCCAUCGUGCUCGCGGUCGCUGCCGCGACGGCCAACCCGGACGACAGGGCCUGUGCGGUCCCUGUCCAUCACCUUCCGCCUCUGCCCCAUCAGGGGGCGCGAUGCUCCCCACCCCCAGCGGACAUGCGCCGCGCCGCCGGGUGCCUGGCCGGCGGCCUGCGCGCGCUCAAGAUCAAGUUGUUGGACGACUGAUGUCGUCAGCGGGAGGGCCGAAAAGGAGCAGCAGCAGCAGCAACAGCAGCAGCAACAGCAGCAGUCCUCCCAACUUACCAUCCGCCACGUGGCCGUCGGAACGCCCAUGGCCUGGCGCAGCCUCCCGCCAGCUGGCCUUACACCCCGAGAGCGUCCCGCCUCCUCGACGGCGCCGACGCGCCCGCCGACCUACUCGAGCGGCUCCUCGCGCGGCUCGACGGCGCGCGCGUCUACCGAGCCCGAGUUUCAAGCAACGCGUACCUCCGCCCGGCAACCGCCGCCGCCGCCGCCCAGUCGGAGGGCGGGAAGCGGCAGAGCCCUGUGGGGUGCCCGUCCUGCCGUCCGUCCGUCCGUCCGCGCGCGGUUCCUCCCAACCUCGACCGCCUUCACGCUCCUCUCGUGCGGCGACUACCGGGUCCGCGCGCCGCCGGCGCCUGUGGCUCUGCCCGCCGUGCGGGAGCUCGCGGCGGCAUUUCCUGCCGCAGGAGCAAGGGGCUCGAUCGGCGCUGCGUUGGCGCCCUGGUGGUCCCGGACGACAGGCACGGCGGCGGGACGCUGCAGUUCAGGUCCGUCUACGACUACGGGGGGCAUAGUGCGCGGUGCCGACAGGGCCGAUAAGGACGGCGAUUGGUUGGCCAGGUUGGCCGGGUUCCACGACUGGGGCGUGCGGUACGAGCGGCGGACGGACGAGGGCAUGGCCCGCGUGCUGGACGGCAUCGCGCACGGCGUGUAUUCGACCGAGACCGAGGUCCCGACGCCACGUGUUACGUGGGCAGGGACAAGGUCGACCAGGCCAAGAUGCAGGCGAUUGCCAACAGAUGCCCGGGAUUGCACUGGCAACAGUGUCAAGAGCGACUCCCCUUGA